CAGAAGCAAUGGACUCAUUAAAAGGAAAAGUCUACGCCGUAACCGGCCUAGCAGGCAUCGGCCUCGCUGUCGCAAAACAGCUCUAUAACUACGGCGCACGUCUCUCCCUUGCCGACAUCGACGAGACAGCUCUCUCGUCUGCUUUCGCGGAACUCAAUUCGGACAGUGAGAAUGUGCUCACGACAAAGGUUGACGUGGGGUCUUCGGCAUCCGUGGAUGCGUGGAUCGAGGCUACAGUUCAGCACUUCGGGCGGCUAGAUGGCGCUGCUAAUAUGGCGGGGAUGAUUGGAAAGAAGCAUGGGACGGGGAGAUUGACGGAGCAGGAUGAUGACGAGUGGGAUCGAUUACUGAGGGUGAAUUUGACGGGGACGAUGUAUUGUGUGCGGGCGCAGGUGAGGAGUAUUUCUGCGACUUCGGGCAAGGGGAGUAUUGUCAAUGCGACGAGUAUUCAGGGCAUUAGGGGGUUUGGAUUGCAUGUGGCUUAUUCGACAUCGAAGCAUGGGGUGGUUGGGUUGACGAAGAGUGUGGCCAAAGAGGUUGGGCCGGAGAUUAGGGUUAAUGCAGUUGCGCCAGGAUCUAUUCAGACACCUUUGCUUGACAAAUCUAUUGUCAUUCAAGGCGGUUAUACACAGCCCCCGACGAUUAUUCCUCGCACUGGGACGGCAGACGAAGUUGCUCAGUCGGUGUUGUUCCUACUCAGUGAUGCUGCCUCAUUUACAACUGGUACAGUCCUUCAGGUGGACGGUGGGUGGGAUCCAUAA